CCCUAUCAACCCUUCCUCCCCCCCCCUUCCCUCUCUUAACACCCACCCACCGACCAUCCACAUCUCUUGUGAUCCACCAUGAACAAGCUGUACAUUGGGAAUCUAAACGAAAACGUGACUCCAGGCGAUUUGGAGAAAGUCUUCAAUGACCACAAGAUCUCCUUCAGUGGUCAGUUUCUGGUGAAAUCGGGCUAUGCCUUUGUGGACUGCCCUGAUGAGCAAUGGGCUAUGAAAGCCAUCGAAACUUUUUCUGGGAAAGUGGAGCUCCAUGGAAAACAGCUAGAGAUUGAACAUUCAGUACCCAAAAAGCAAAGGAGCCGCAAAAUUCAGAUAAGAAAUAUCCCACCCCAGUUACGAUGGGAGGUGUUGGAUGGUUUGCUAGCUCAGUAUGGUACUGUAGAAAAUUGUGAACAAGUGAACACAGACAGCGAGACGGCCGUCGUCAACGUCACCUAUUCAAACCGGGAGCAGACCAGACAGGCGAUCAUGAAACUGAAUGGGCACCAGCUGGAAAACCAUGCACUGAAAGUCUCCUACAUCCCCGACGAACAGUCCAUGCAGGGGCCUGAGAACGGGCGGCGGGGCGGCUUCGGCACACGGGGGGCCCCCAGGCAGGGCUCGCCCGUCGCUGCAGGAGCGCCCGUAAAGCAGCAGCCGGUGGACAUCCCACUCCGACUCCUGGUGCCCACGCAGUACGUGGGGGCCAUCAUCGGCAAGGAGGGGGCCACCAUCCGCAACAUCACCAAGCAGACGCAGUCCAAAAUCGACGUGCACAGGAAGGAGAACGCGGGAGCAGCGGAGAAAGCCAUCAGCAUCCAUUCCACCCCCGAGGGCUGCUCGGCGGCCUGCAAGAUGAUCUUGGAGAUUAUGCAGAAGGAGGCAAAAGACACCAAGACAGCUGACGAGGUUCCCUUGAAGAUCCUGGCCCAUAAUAACUUUGUGGGGCGGCUGAUCGGCAAAGAGGGGCGGAACCUGAAGAAGGUGGAACAGGACACGGAGACGAAAAUCACCAUCUCGUCUUUGCAGGAUCUGACUCUCUACAACCCUGAAAGGACGAUCACGGUGAAGGGCUCCAUCGAGAACUGCUGCAAAGCCGAGCAGGAGAUCAUGAAGAAAGUGAGGGAAGCUUACGAAAACGACGUGGCUGCCAUGAGCCUACAGUCUCAUCUGAUCCCCGGCCUUAACUUGGCUGCUGUCGGACUCUUCCCGGCUUCUUCCAACGCGGUGCCACCGCCUCCAAGCAGCAUCUCCGGGGCAGCGCCGUACAACUCCUUCAUGCCCCCAGAGCAAGAGACGGUGCACGUCUUCAUCCCCGCGCAGGCAGUCGGCGCGAUCAUCGGCAAGAAAGGACAGCACAUUAAACAGCUCUCCAGAUUUGCGAGCGCCUCCAUCAAGAUCGCACCACCCGAGACACCGGAUUCCAAAGUGCGCAUGGUUAUAAUCACUGGCCCGCCAGAAGCUCAGUUCAAGGCACAAGGACGAAUUUACGGCAAACUCAAGGAGGAAAACUUUUUUGGGCCUAAAGAAGAAGUGAAGCUGGAGACGCACAUUAGGGUCCCUGCCUCGGCCGCAGGGAGAGUUAUCGGCAAAGGAGGCAAAACUGUCAACGAACUGCAGAACCUGACGGCAGCAGAGGUGGUGGUGCCACGGGACCAGACUCCUGAUGAGAACGAGCAAGUCAUCGUAAAAAUCAUUGGACACUUCUAUGCCAGCCAGAUGGCGCAGCGCAAGAUACGCGAUAUCCUGGCCCAAGUGAAACAGCAGCAUCAGAAGGGACAGAGCGGUCAGACGCAAGCGCGGAGGAAAUAAGAGCCGCUAGCACGCGACGACUGUGACAAAAAUUGGAAAAUGAAUGAGUCGAUGCCGGGCUUAAGAGUGGCUGGGAAUCAGUUACCGUAGACAGAUGAUAACUUUUCAUGACCAGAUUGAGAUUAAAAGGCAGUUUGAUUGGCUUCCAAGGUAGAUGCCUACAUUUAAAAAAAAAAGAAAAAAGAAAAAAAAAAGGAUCAAUUAGCUAAACAAUCUAUAUGCCGCAAAGGCUGCUUAAAUGAAGCAACAUGUGCUGCGGUGUGUGUCACCCCCCAACAUCCUCUUGCUGCUGUGAUUGGCCAGCGCCUAGCAACGGAGGUUCCACCAUCCCUUGCCGCAGCGCUGCAGUGAAUCUAGUGCGUAGCAAUUAAAGUUGGAAACAGUCCGUCCCCUCCCACCCCACCCCCCGCACUGCAGCAGAUGCAACAUAGAUGCUCAUUUAAGUUGACUUUUGUGGGCCAGUCCACCCCCAACUUGUGGUGCCCUCAUACCCUUCGUAGAAGAGUUCCAGGGUGCGGCUUUCUGGCCAUCACGUUACACAUAGAAAUGAGACUGAUUAAAAAACAAAAAAAAACAAAAAAAUUCUUAGAGCAAAGUAACUUUUCUUAGUGCUGAUUUUAGAAAUUCCAAAAGAUAGGAUGGUUCCUACUCCCAUUCGCAGUAAAAUCUAGCGUGGGUGGUGGUUUUAGAACAAAAUGGACUCGGAUAACACCGGAACCCUGCACUGAUCAGUCUUAGAACAUCCGAGAACAUGAUGGAGGAGAGAGAACUCUCUUCCAUUUUGUACCAAACUCAGUGCAAUGACUUUGCAAAGCCUUAUAAGACAGGAGAGCAGCUAUAUU